AUGAAGGUCCCAGGUGGCGCCCUCCUGCUCCUGCUUGCGCCGCUUUGCCUCGCCGGUCCGCAGGGCUACAACUAUGCCUCGCCCGCUGAUACGGCUUUCGCUCUAGCGCCUUCUCAAGCCCCUGCCACUGCUCCUGCUCAAGUCCCUGCUCCUGCUCAGACCCCUGCCGCUGCUCCUGCUCAGAUCCCUGCCCUUGUUCCUGCACCUGCUCCUGCUCAAGUCCCUGCCCCUGCUCCUUCUCAAGCCCCUGCCCCUGCUCCUGCUCAAAUCCCUGCCUUUGUUCCUGCUCCUACACAAGUUCCUGCCCCUGCUCCUUCUCAAGCCCCUGCCCCUGCUCAAAUCCCUGCCUUUGUUCCUGCUCCUGCUCCUGCUCAAAUCCCUACCUUUGCUCCAGCUCUUGCCCUGGCUCCCGCUCAAGUCUCUGCUCCUGCUCAGACCCCUGCCACUGCUCCUGCCCAAAUCCCUGCCCCUGCUCAAGCCCCUUCCCCUACCCCUCAAGCCCCUGCCCCUGCUCAAAUCCCUGCCUUUGUUCCUGCUCCUGCUCAAAUCCCUACCUUUGCUCCUGCUCUUGCCCUGGCUCCCGCUCAAGUCCCUGCUCCUGCUCAGACCCCUGCCGCUGCUCCUGCUCAAAUCCCUGCCUUUGCUCCUGCUCCUGCCCCUGCUCAAGCCCCUGCUCCUGCUCCUGCGCAAGUCCCUGCCCUUGCUUCAGCUCAGGCUCUCGCUCCAGCACCUGCCCCAGCCAAUGGCCCUGCAUUUGCCUUGACCGCUGCUCAAGCUCCGGCUUCUGCCCCUGCUCUAGCCCCUGCUCCUGCUCCAAUGCCCUAUGCCUAUGGGUAUGACGUUAACUCCCUCGAUGCCCAGAACCGCCCCGUCGCCUUCGGGCACCAGGCCGAAGGCCGGGCCGAUGGGCAGACCGUCGGUCGCUACUACGUUCAGCACCCGGACACGCGGCUCAUGAUCGUCGACUACGUCAGCAACAACACAGGCUUCCAUCCCACUUAUAGUUUCCGGGGCCAGGCUGUGAGCCCUCAAGUCUCUGCUCCUGCUCCCCAGCCUGCUCCUCAGAUUGCCCCUGCUCCUGCUCCUCAGCCUGCUCUCCAGCCUACUCGUGCUCCCCAGCCUGCUCCUCAGAUUGCCCCUGCUCCUGCUCGUGCUCCUGCUCCUCAGCCUGCUCCUCAGAUUGCCCCUGCUCCUGCUCGUGCU